AAUGGGUUCUGGAGGUGGGCCAAAGGACACGCCUCAUCGAGCCCACUGACACGGAGGAGAUUAAAAACUGUAGAACCCACACACACUUGUAGAACCACGCGCGCAAUCUCACGCACACACGCGACUAGGACACUCCGUCUGUGAUGGACUGAAACGUAUGUUCCACCGGGCUGUAUUACGAGGGGAGGGGAUAUACACACUGUGAUGUCAUCAUGUCUCCCUCCCUGCCUUGUCUUCUCUCUCAGGCUGGCUGUGGUGUUGUCGUGAGGAGACUGCUUUCUGCUGCACCAGCUGCAUGAGACAUGCAGAGCUCUGAGCAUCUCUAACAGGCAGCACUCUGUGGAACCAUGGACUGUUCUGAGUCCCAGUCCCAGUCCCAGGGUGACGGCGAGAAAGCUCUGCUCCAUGCAGAGAUCAGAGAGCACCCCACCACAUCAGCUGCCUUAAUUCCCAGUGAUGACCCCGUCCUAUUGACCCCAGGGAGGAUGAGCCAGCGAAGCCAGGGGAAGGAGCGAGAGAAGAGGGAGGAAAAGGAGCGAGAGAAGGAGAAGGAGCGACAGAAGAGGGAGGAGAAGGAGCGAGAGAAGAGGGAGGAGAAGAGGGAGGAGAAGGAGCGAGAGAAGAGGGAGGAGAAGGAGCGAGAGAAGAGGGAGGAGAAGGAGCGAGAGAAGAGGGAGGAGAAGGAGCGAGAGAAGAGGGAGGAGAAGGAGCGAGAGAAGAGGGAGGAGAAGAGGGAGGAGAAGGAGCGAGAGAAGAGGGAGGAGAAGAGGGAGGAGAAGGAGCGAGAGAAGAGGGAGGAGAAGGAGCGAGAGGAGAAGAAGGAGAAGGAUGGGAGCCUCCACACCCCCAGCAGAGAUCACCUCGCCAGCCCCUCUUCCCUCAGCCCAGGGCUCAGCUACACCCAUGGUAAGACCACCUUCUUCUUCCAGGCACACGUUGCCCUCUAAGCACAGACCCAGGGUCAGGUGUCUCUCAACCUCUGUACUAACCUCAAUAUUCCUGAACCACAGUGUCCUCUGGAGGUUGAUGGGCUCUGCUAGGCACCAUGCAACCUUCAGGGUUGAAGCAUAUACCACGGGAAGCCCAGAGGUUACCAAUGCUCUAAGCAAAAGGAUCUGAUGUUUUUAUUUGAGACUUGUAUAUGACAAGGCAUGGUUGUGUUUUAAGGUGGCUUGGGAAGGUUUUUACCCUCCAAAUGUCAAAAAUAGUUCAUCCUACACUACUUUCCUUCUGGGAUGUUCCAUUAUCUACCACCAGGGGGAGCAGAAGCUAAAAGGAAAAACAACAUGUUUUCUCUACUCAUUCUAGAGCACCUUUCAAAUCAAAUGUGUCUGCAUUCUAUCAGAACAAGCAACACUUCUCUCAAAAGAGACCUGAGUGGUGCGGUCGGGGGGACUUCUACAACUGGCUAACCAGUCGUUGCACAAAAGGAAAUCAUUCUGGGAUAGAACCAUAAUAAUAAAAAACCCUGCUUUGAGUAUAUGAAGGUAGAUGGUUGCAGUGAUAUUGAUAGUACCUAGACCUCUAUACAGCUCUGGGAUGUAGGCUGGUAAAUGACAGAAAUUACUUUUAUUAGCCAAUACAUCCAGUGUUAUUUUCCUAGUGUCAGUUUCUCAGUUGUGGUUGUUGCUGGUUUGCUCUUCUGAGUAUAAGAAUGUAGGCUGAGCGCUUCACAGGUAAUGCCGUCCCAAAGGGCAGAGCAUCCAAUAAGGAUGAAAGGCUGGGAGGCAACAAUGCCGGGGAUCUGUAUCCUUCAUUCAGUUUGAACAGACAGGCGGUGAACACGUGUGACGGCCGUCGUGACAUUUACCAGUCUGUUGUUGGUCCAACGUCACCAUACCCUCCGUUUAUCAUGACACCACAUUGGAUGCAUCCCAAAUGGCACACUAUUCUCUAUUUAGUGCCAUAGUAGUGCACUAAAUGGGACGCAGCCAUUAACUCUCUCAUAUUGCGUUCUCCGGAUAUCGUUUAUUCAGAGGCAUCAGACUAUCCGUAGAGCUAGUCAUGGUGGUCUUCUUAAGGUCUCACAAUUUGGAAUAUUUCCUGCUGUUCAAUGGCCAUUUCAACUGUUAAUUCUUGAAGAAUAUAACUUAGAAAUGCCUUUUGACCUUCGUACAGCCGUCUCAUCAUAUCAGAACCCUGCAUUAAAGGUACCAUUGCACCAUUGUUUAUGUGUUUCAUUUUGUUGUCUUUGGAAACAAGCGAUGUAGUCUACAGCUUCAAAGUAAGUUUCAACUAUUAUGUUGUGCUCAUGGACUGUCUGCCCCUGGUGGGGCUGCCGUCAGGCUGAAACAUAAACUCCUGAUUGGGGCUUUAAAGGCCAAAAAGUCCCUCCCCUCUUUAGAUUCUGCCAAGUGUUCCUACUUACUUGAAAGAGGGGAUGUGAAUUCCUAUCCUAGUUCCACAACAAACGUUCUCUGUGAGAAGAAUAUGGUUCAGAUAGGAUCAACUCUGAAGCCAUCGCAACUCUUAAGCCCUGGUCCAGGUUUCCAUGGUAACCCCCACUGCCUCAAGUAGCCUCUUUAUAUUGUGAGAGAAAUGAUGCUGUAUUGGUCUCAAACAGUGUUGUAUUGUGAGGGAAAUGAUGCUGUAUUGGUCUCCAACAGUGUUGUAUUGUGAGAGAAAUUAUGCU